AUGUCAAAGCACCUCCGCAUGCAAAUACCGUCGCAAAGAACCGCAUCCCGUCGCUGGUGUUUUCGCCUUUCGCCUCGAUCCAGCGCUCAACAAGGGUUUCUAAAACGUGACCUGGCUGAUGUGCUAUCGUUUGCGACAUUGCGCACGACAGAGGCCACUGCAAAUGCACCACUGGACAGGAUGCCAAAACUACGACCCUUCAAGGAUAUUGCUGUAGAGAUCAGGUCGAGAUGGCCCUACUACGUGUCAGACUGGGUCGACGGUUUCACAGAUAAAAAGGUCCUCGCCGCUGGUGUAUUUAUUUUUUUCGCAAACGUUGCGCCCGCCAUCACGUUUGCAUUCUACCUCGACGAUGAAACGAAAUCUGCCGUUGGCGUGUCCGAAGUCCUUCUGUCAAGUGCCAUUUCCGGUGCUAUCUAUGCCAUACUUAGCGGUCAGCCGCUGGUCAUUAUUGGCGUGACAGGCCCAACGUCGAUCUUCACUGUUACAAUAAACGCAGUGGCCAGAUCGAUAGGUGUAAGCUUCCUACCCUUCUAUUCGUGGACAAUCCUGUGGUCGGCAUUUAUGCACUUGAUUCUGGCGGUUGUGGGUGCCUGUACACUGGUCCGAAUUGUGACAAGGUUUUCUUGCGAGAUAUUUGGGGCUUUGAUUGCUGUGGUGUAUUUGUUAAACGGUGGUAGGGAAAUCGUAAGGGAAUUUUCAGAAGGCACAUUCGAGACGGGUCUUUUAUCCCUCCUAUUUGCGCUGAUAACCCUUUGGCUUUCCAUGCAACUUGGCGCGGCCCGGCACUGGCACUUUCUUCGAAGCUGGAUGCGCGCCCUCAUUGCGGACUAUGCCAUCCCCAUCAGUGUCACCCUUGCAACUGUCGUAUCGGUCGUUAUUCCACGUGUUAAUCACGCUGGUCUUUCCCGGUUGAAUGUUCCCUCCGAUAAGCCUUUCUUGACAACCACAAAUGGUCGUUCUUGGAUUGUGGAGCUUGACGAUAUUCCCGUAUGGGGAGUCUUUGCGGCGCUCAUCCCUGGAUUCAUAUUGACGAUUCUGUUCUAUUUUGACCACAACGUUUCCUCCCUGUUGAGUCAGCGCCCAGAGAACAAUCUCUUGAAACCGUCCACCUACAAUUGGGACUUUUUUGUCAUCGGUCUCACCAUGAUUCCGUGUGCUAUUUUGGGCAUCCCUCCCUGCAAUGGUCUGAUCCCUCAAGCACCUCUGCACGUGCGAGCUCUCGCUAAAAUUCGUCAAAAGCCUUCUGUUCACCAUCCAAAUCGCCUUGUCGAGGUGUGGGAGCGCGUCCAAGAACAACGUGUGUCAAAUCUUAUGCAGGCGCUCUUGACAUUUGUAGCGCUGAUUCCACCAGUCUUGGGCAUUGUUGGGUUCAUUCCCCGUGCAGUCCUUGCCAGCCUUUUCUUGGCUAUGGGGUUUGCUUCAUUUGUUGGCAAUCAAUUUGCCCAACGCAUUGCAUUGUUUUUCGCUGAUCCUGCGCACGCGCGAUUGGUGUUUUCUCACCUUCAUGCGGUUCCGUUUUCGGCUUGUGCCAAAUUGACUGCCGUGCAAUUGGUCUUUUUGGCUGGAACUCUUGGUGUGACGGAAUCAGGAAACGCCGCAGCCCUAAGUUUCCCGUUGUUUAUUGCGGCGCUGGUACCUAUUAGAUAUUACGUUCUGGGUAAAUUCAUCCCGGAGCGGUAUUUGGAGAUUCUUGAUGCAGACGAUGGACGAGAAUUCAUUACGGACGCGGAAGGAGCAGGGCGAAGGCGAGGUCGAAGUGGGAGCCAUUCUGUGGAAAGGGAGCUGGGUCCUGGUACGGGAAUGGAAGGCAUCGGUAUGGGUGGUGGUUUUCAUCCAAGACCAUCCAGUGAGGAUGAAGAUGAGAUGGUGGAGGAGAUUGAGGUAAAGGUGGAGGAGGAACUGGAUCCCAAUCAAUCAUCAGAGGGAUUUGUCCCAAAGAAUGUUGUCCAUAGAGGACGUAAAUAG